AACAUACACAGACAAAACCCACAGAGCAACAGACUCACACAUCUUUUUAUUCUCUUGGCUUCCUUGGAAGAUUUUGCUGGCUGUUUUUCAUGGAGAAAGACCAAGGAGAAAUGGAGAUUGAGAGAUGGGAAAGAAGCGAAGAGCUGUCAGAUGCCGAAAGGAAGGUGAUUCAAGAGACGUGGAACAGAGUCUAUGCGAACUGCGAGGAUGUUGGGGUCUCCAUUCUGAUCAGAUUUUUUGUCAACUUCCCAUCUGCCAAGCAGUACUUCAGCCAGUUCAAGCACAUGGAAGAUCCACUAGAGAUGGAAAGAAGCCUGCAGCUGCGGAAACAUGCCAGGAGGGUCAUGGGGGCUAUUAAUAGUGUGGUGGAGAACAUAUAUGAUUCAGAAAAGGUCUCCUCUGUGCUAGCUCUGGUGGGCAAGGCACAUGCGGUCAAGCACAAAGUCGACCCUGUCUACUUCAAGAUUCUGACUGGCGUCAUGCUGGAAGUGCUUGCGGAAGAGUACACCAAUGAGUUCAGUGCUCCAGAGGUUCAGAGAGCCUGGGCCAAGAUGAGGAGCCUCAUCUACACUCAUGUGACGGCUGCAUACAAGGAGGAACCCCCAGGUGACAGCGGUGGCAGCAGCAGCUGGAGCAGCAGCAAAGUGGCAGAACCCCUCCCACAGACCUGAAAUGCCGUCUCUCAGAAGACUAAACUGGCACCGGAAAAGGAUAGCACCCAAGAGAACUACAUCUGUCUCCUUUAAUUAUCCCGUGUACAUAUUAGUCAGUGGAAAUGCUUUAUAAUUUCUAUAGCUAAGGCCAGCUAAGCUAUAGAAGACCAGGUGUGCAUAAACACUCUCCCUGAAGUUAGCCAGGCAAAUUCAAAUCAUGUACACUGUGAUGGGGGGGA